AAUCAGGGGGGCGGGACCUGUGAGGACUACAGACAACUCCUUCUUCUUUGUAAUGACUGAGAUGGAUCUGUGCAUCUGGGAACCAUGCUGUUGUGGCCCACCUAAGACAAGAAUACUUUAAUAGUGUUUCAGUGCUGUGUUCCUGUGCACAGGUGUCCUUGCACUGCUUUCAGCCAAAGCCCAGGCAAUACUGAAGUUCCUGUUGUAGUGCCACUCAAACACGCCAAACAGGUCGAUCACAUAGGCUGUUUCAGACCGGCAACCGUCAUACAUGUCAUCAAUGGAAGCUGUCGCCAUGUCCAGAGAUACACGAUGCCUUCCUGGGAGAAGCAAGUAUGUCAGAGAAAGGCUUUAUCUGCAUGUGCCACUGCUUCUCUUGUUCUUCUGGUGGGACUGCUGCUGUUUGUUGUUGUAUAUGUGACACUCAGCUGGCAGGAUAUCACUGAAGAGCACUCUCUUCAGGAUCUGAUCUCUGACCUGAAUGAUGACUGCAGAUCCAAAGCUACACUUGUGACUGAUGCAGCCAUAACGCAGAGCUGGUACACCAGUAAAAACUUCAGUCAAGCCUGGAGCAACGCAGGGCAAAAAGCUAAAAAGCCUGUACACCAGUAUAUGGAGAAACAUCAUUCCAUGGCCAUAUACAUGUACACAAAUAUGCUGCAUCCUGUCAUGACUGCAGGAAGAGGUGGAAAACCACCAGAGGAGACAUUUGAGUCCCCCUCCCUUUAUUUCUCUCUGAGUGAAGCCAUUCAGAUUCUGAAGCACAGUCAGGUAACAUGUCUCAGCACAAAUUACAGAACUGAAGCACUUUUACAUCUGAACAUCUCUGACAAGCUGGUUCGGUUCAGCACCUUUAUAUUAGGUUCUGAUAGGAGGGACUUUACAAGGGACACUUCAUGUUUUGAAGUAUACACAUGUUUCGGUGCUGAUAUAACGCAUUACUCAGCCUUGAAACUAAACAGCCAGGUGCUGAUUCCUCCUUACGAGGUUUUUAAAGUCACAGACACAGAGACAGACACACAAAAGUGUAAAGUUGUCUACACAUUGAAGAGCAACCUGAACUGUGUUUAUGAUAGAAAGAGCAAUAUGUUGCACCCAAUAUCUGCAUUACCGGUGGAUGGAUUUUGGCUCAUUUUUGCCAUCACUUGUAUAAUUAUCGUGUCUCUUUUGCUACCCUUUGCCAUUAUGAAGGUGUUACCCAAAGAUGGGACACUAUAAAUAUUAGUUUUCUUAUGAUUGUCUAACAGCACCUACAACACUGAUAGUGUUGUCAUUUAAAGGGCAGGGUUUAAUCUGAAGUAAAGGUGGUCGUCUGAACUUUAUAACUGGUAGCAAUCACAUUGUAGCCAGGAGUAGACUGUUUUAAAACUUCAUGCGUAGAAAAAGAGGAAAAUGUGGUUACAGCGUUUGUUGCACAUAAUAUUACAUGCACAAUUUUCAUUAUUUCAUGAUAGGAUAUUUCUAAAUGAUUGUCAUUUGAGACUUACUUCCCAUGUUGCAAUAAAGUUCUCUGUUAUUUAGUUCAUAACUAUUGAGUAUUUCAAGCCUGUUGUAACCCAUUCAGUCUAACAAAUACAACAGCAAAGUUCAAAGUUCACCUGCAGGACCUACAGUUUCGCAAAUUUCACUGAACUAGGCCCAAUUAUGAAGACUAAGUUGUAAAUUACAACCAAGUGCAAUUUAUGAAGUCCAUUACCCUGUUUUUGUCAAAAACUGUAAAAACAUAUUAAACCUAUCCCUCCCGCAUUUUUUUCUAAAUACUAAU